AAACGUUACAUAAUGGCAUUAAAUGUCAAUUCGUUACGAGUGUUUUAGCGAGUUUGUAACCAGUGUACAUAUAAAUAAUGAAACUCGAGGUUUAUAACGACGUGAUAGCGGCAAUCCGCAAUUUUCGGGGUCUGUCACGGGAUUGCGUCAAUAUGCUGCAGACAUCGUACAAAGACAUUCCUCCAAACACACUCUACAGCAUCCUAUCUCUGGAAAUACAACAGAAAAUGAAAAUCAAUCAUACUAAACUGUUUGGGAACAAUAAAAGUUAUUAUGACAGUUAUUUAGAGGCAGUACAGAGAGGCGAACACAUGGGUAUUUUGUUGAGAAUGGCACAAAGUCUAGAUACUUCCCCAGCUCUGUUAGCACGUAACGUUUUGGAAAAGUACUGCACCCUGAAGGAUGCAAAUGUCUCAAAAAAUGUAGUCGCAAAGCUGUUCAAGGAUACUACACUGAUUGAAAACAGAGAUCUUGCAUAUGAAAUUUAUUUGUGUAUAUUAUACGACGAUUUGUAUGGACCAAUAGCUGAUGCGAUCGGAAUUUCUAUAGGACACGAGUAUGAAAUGAAGCUUCAAAAUUACCUGACGCAAAGGAACAUCGCGUUCCGGAACGAAGAACAUUUACGAUUACGCGGAUACGAUAAAACCCCAGACAUUAAAUUGGAAGUGCCAAUUGCGGUGAACGGCUGUGUGAUAAACUGGAUCGAAUCCAAAGCCCGGUUCGGUAAUACGGAGGUUCAUCAAAAGUACAUGAGGGAACAGUUCUUGAGUUAUUGGAAUCGAUUCGGAUCUGGACUAGUCAUUUAUUGGUUUGGCUUCCUCGAGAUUUUACAUAAAUCGACUGAGAAAAAGUUCAUUAUAAUGGAUCAUUUCCCCGAAAACAUUACAUAUAUGGAUCCGGCUUCUAUCAAGCCCGCGAACAGUACGUGAUUAUGGUCCGAUUUGUAAAUAGAUUUUUUUAACAUUCGUUACAGAUUCACGUUGUACUAUACCGACUAUUAAAUCGUCGAUCUUACUCGAUAUGACUGUGAUUAAAUGUAAUCAAUACAUAAUUUUGUAUCUUCAUGAUGAAUAUGAUCAUUAAAUUUGUAUCAUUG